AAAAAGAAAAAAUUUAUAGAUAAAUUUUAAGUAUAUAUAUGUUUACCAUUGAAAUUAAACAUGCCUUGCGAUGGAAAAAAUCCAAAUUGUGAUAGAAGACGUGAAUUAUUAGCUCAACUCAAAUGUUUAAUUAGUUCCAUGGAUAGAAAAAAACCAUGUGAAUGGGAUGAACCACCAUGCCCACCACCUGUAAACUGUCCGGUUAUGAAUUCUUGUGAUCCAUGCUGUGAGCCUGUUAAGCGAUGCAAAAGCUAUGAUCUUCGUGCAAGUAUAAUGCAUCGAUGCGAGUGUAUCAGGAGGAAUGGUUUACAAGACAGAUGCAUGAUGUGGGAUUGUAUGGGUCGACCAGAGUGUUUAACAAAACUAUAUCCAGUGUGCGGACCUGGAGCUUGUGCGCUUUUAAAGCUAACAGAUCUAGGAGAUGUAAAUGUAGCUCUUAGAAAAUUUUUCUGCACAAAUCAAGCAAGAGAAUCUGCAUUAGCAGCAUAUUGCAGACUUGUUUGCAAUAGCCCUUGUCCGUCAAUAUGUCCUCCGCAGCUUUGUGUAUCGCCUUAUCCGUCUUUCUGUCCACCAUGUAUAACUUGUUGCUCACCUUGUACUCCCUGUGAUCCGUGUGACCCAUGUGAGCCAUGUGUAUCAUAUCCACCACUAUGUCCACCACCUUAUUUAUCAUCCUGUUUGCCUUAUAUGCCAAGCUGUGCAACAUGUUAAAUAGUUAGAUAUGUAGAUAAGUAUUUUAUAUUUUCUCAAAUAUGAAAUGAAUAUUCUAUACAUAUUUACAUAUUAUGUAUUUUUUGUGGUGUAACAUAUUGGCGUUCCGGCAUUUUUUUACGGUAUUUUGAAUGCUUUAAGAGCGAAUAAUAAAUAUUUAAGGAAGAAUAAGAAUAAAUAAGAAAGAAAUAAGAAAAUGAGAAAAUAAAGUGUUUAGAUUUAAUCAUGUCUGAAAUAAAAUAAAAAUCUUUUUCACAAGAGGCGAGUUCCAGCACCUUUUUUUUUUUUUACAAAAAGCACAUAUUAUAUAUAAAUAAUGAAAAAUGUACAAUCAUUAUAUGUAUGAGACUUAACGAGAAAAACAUUACAUUACAUUAUAUUUAAAACUGUAGGCAAGUUUCUUUAAAUAAAAAGUUAAAUAGGUAAUACAUAUAACACACACGUCUGUACGAUAUAUUAAGAAAACAUUGUACUGUACUCUCGUGUAAGAUUUGAAUUUAAGUAUCAAGGUAUUCCAAUCAAUGAGUUUGGACACGUAAUAUUUGUUUAUACAUUAUCUAUUUAUCUAUUUAUCUAUCAGAAGAAUACUCCUUGUUUAGUCUACAUGUCUAUAUAGUUGGCUGCAGCGCACGUGGUCGGUUGUGUUAAAAUAACGGUAUACAGAGGUCAGAAGUAGCAUU